CGGAAGUGCCUCUGUUCGAAGCAUUGCCCGGAGGCGGACACUGCAGCUUUGAGGGCUUGUUCGCCUUGUCUCACGUUGGAGUCCCGGAAGCCUCGAUUUCCGGUCUGCUCUCGAUUGUGUCUGUGAAUGGAUAGAAGGACCGCGCAGGGUAUUAUGGGACAACUAUGGCCGCUUUCAAGGAGCCGAAUUUGGCCCUUUGAGACCAUCUGACCGAGCGGAGGUGGCGCAGGCACCCCCUGAUCCGGGACAGAAGAGUCUCGCGAGCUGCGCUUGGUGAGAGAAAUCUCCAAGCCUGAGAUGGAGGACACCACUGAGGAUGCCUCGAUCCAUCGUUUGGAAGGCACCGACCUGGACUCUCAGGUUGGCGGUCUUAUUUGUAAGACCAAAAGCGCAGCCAGCGAGCAGCACAUUUUCAAAGCCCCUGCUCCCCGCCCCUCACUGCUAGGACUGGACUUGCUGGCUUCCCUGAAACGGAGGGAACGAGAGGAGAAGGAUGAUGGGGAGGACAAGAAAAAGUCCAGAAUCUCUUCCUACAAAGACUGGGAGGAGAGCAAGGAUGAGCAGAAGGAUGCUGAGGAGGAGGCUGAUGAGCAGGCUGGCAGAAGUAGCCGGAAAGACAGGCAUUAUCGAUCUGCUCGCGUAGAGACUCCAUCCCAUCCUGGGGGUGUGAGUGAGGAGUUUUGGGAACGCAGUCGGCAGAGAGAGCGGGAUCGACGGGAGCAUGGUGUCUAUGCCUCAUCCAAAGAAGAAAAGGAUCGGAAGAAGGAGAAAUCCAGGGAACGAGACUAUGACCGCAAGAGAGACAGAGAUGAGCGGGACAGAAGUAGGCACAGCAGCAGAUCCGAGCGAGAUGGAGGCUCAGAGCGUAGCAGCAGAAGAAAUGAGCCAGAGAGUCCUCGACAUCGACCUAAAGAUGCAGCCACCCCUUCAAGGUCGACCUGGGAGGAGGAGGACAGUGGCUAUGGCUCCUCAAGGCGCUCUCAGUGGGAAUCACCCUCCCCAACUCCUUAUCGGGAUUCUGAGCGGAGCCAUCGGCCAUCCACUCGAGACCGAGACAGGUCUGUGAGGAGCAAGUACUCGGAUGACACACCUCUGCCGACCCCCUCCUAUAAAUACAACGAGUGGGCUGAUGACAGAAGACACCUGGGGUCCACCCCACGUCUGUCCAGGGGCCGAGGGAGACGCGAGGAUGGUGAAGAAGGGAUUUCAUUUGACACUGAAGAGGAGCGGCAGCAGUGGGAGGAUGACCAGAGGCAAGCAGACCGGGACUGGUACAUGAUGGACGAGGGAUACGAUGAGUUCCACAACCCCCUGGCCUACUCCUCUGAGGACUACGUGAGGCGGCGGGAGCAGCACCUGCAUAAACAGAAGCAGAAGCGCAUUUCGGCCCAGCGCAGGCAGAUCAACGAGGAUAACGAGCGCUGGGAGACUAACCGCAUGCUCACCAGUGGGGUGGUCCAUCGACUGGAAGUGGAUGAGGACUUUGAAGAGGACAAUGCGGCCAAGGUGCAUCUGAUGGUGCACAACCUGGUGCCUCCCUUUCUGGAUGGGCGUAUUGUGUUUACCAAGCAGCCGGAGCCUGUGAUUCCAGUCAAGGAUGCCACUUCUGACCUGGCCAUUAUUGCUCGGAAAGGCAGCCAGACAGUGCGGAAGCACAGGGAGCAAAAGGAGCGAAAGAAGGCUCAACACAAACACUGGGAACUGGCAGGGACCAAACUGGGAGACAUAAUGGGUGUCAAAAAAGAGGAGGAGCCAGAUAAAGCUGUGUCAGAAGAUGGGAAGGUGGACUACAGGACAGAGCAGAAGUUUGCUGAUCACAUGAAGGAGAAGAGCGAGGCCAGCAGCGAGUUUGCAAAGAAGAAGUCGAUCCUGGAGCAGAGGCAGUACCUGCCCAUCUUCGCUGUGCAGCAGGAGCUCCUCACUAUCAUCAGAGACAAUAGCAUUGUGAUCGUGGUUGGGGAGACAGGGAGUGGCAAGACCACUCAGCUGACGCAGUAUCUGCAUGAAGAUGGUUACACGGACUAUGGGAUGAUUGGGUGCACUCAACCCCGGCGUGUGGCUGCCAUGUCAGUGGCCAAGAGAGUCAGUGAAGAGAUGGGGGGAAACCUCGGUGAAGAGGUGGGUUAUGCCAUCCGCUUCGAAGACUGCACUUCUGAAAACACCUUGAUCAAAUACAUGACUGAUGGGAUCCUGCUCCGUGAGUCCCUCCGGGAGGCUGACCUGGAUCACUACAGCGCCAUCAUCAUGGACGAGGCCCACGAGCGCUCCCUCAACACCGAUGUCCUCUUUGGGCUGCUCCGGGAGGUUGUGGCUCGGCGCUCAGACCUGAAACUCAUUGUCACAUCAGCCACUAUGGAUGCUGAAAAAUUUGCUGCCUUUUUUGGGAAUGUUCCCAUCUUCCACAUCCCUGGGCGUACCUUCCCCGUUGACAUCCUCUUCAGCAAGACCCCACAGGAAGAUUACGUGGAGGCUGCAGUAAAGCAGUCCUUGCAGGUGCACCUGUCAGGAGCUCCUGGGGACAUCCUUAUCUUCAUGCCUGGCCAAGAGGAUAUUGAGGUGACCUCAGACCAGAUUGUGGAGCACCUGGAGGAACUGGAGAAUGCGCCCGCCCUGGCUGUGCUGCCAAUCUAUUCUCAGUUGCCUUCUGAUCUCCAGGCCAAAAUCUUCCAGAAGGCUCCAGAUGGCGUUCGGAAGUGUAUUGUUGCCACCAACAUCGCUGAGACAUCCCUGACCGUCGAUGGCAUUAUGUUUGUUAUCGAUUCUGGCUACUGCAAGUUAAAGGUCUUCAACCCCAGGAUUGGCAUGGAUGCUCUACAGAUCUACCCCAUCAGCCAGGCCAAUGCUAACCAGAGGUCAGGGCGAGCUGGCAGGACGGGCCCAGGUCAGUGUUUCAGGCUCUACACACAGAGUGCCUACAAGAAUGAGCUCCUGACCACCACGGUGCCUGAGAUCCAGAGGACCAACCUGGCCAACGUGGUGCUGCUGCUCAAGUCCCUUGGGGUGCAGGACCUGCUGCAGUUCCACUUCAUGGACCCACCCCCAGAGGACAACAUGCUCAACUCCAUGUAUCAGCUGUGGAUCCUUGGGGCCCUAGAUAACACAGGUGGUCUCACCUCCACCGGGAGGCUGAUGGUGGAGUUCCCACUGGACCCAGCCCUGUCCAAGAUGCUCAUUGUGUCUUGUGACAUGGGCUGCAGCUCUGAGAUUCUGCUCAUCGUCUCCAUGCUCUCAGUCCCUGCCAUCUUCUAUAGGCCUAAGGGCAGAGAGGAGGAGAGUGAUCAAAUCCGGGAGAAGUUUGCUGUCCCUGAAAGUGAUCAUUUGACCUACCUGAAUGUCUACCUGCAGUGGAAGAACAAUAAUUACUCCACCAUCUGGUGUAACAACCAUUUCAUCCAUGCCAAGGCCAUGCGGAAGGUCCGGGAGGUGCGGGCCCAGCUCAAGGACAUCAUGGUGCAACAGCGGAUGAGCCUGGCCUCAUGUGGCACUGAUUGGGACAUUGUCAGGAAGUGUAUCUGUGCCGCCUAUUUCCACCAGGCAGCGAAGCUUAAGGGGAUUGGGGAGUACGUGAACAUACGAACAGGCAUGCCUUGCCACUUGCACCCCACCAGCUCUCUCUUUGGAAUGGGCUACACCCCAGACUACAUUGUGUAUCAUGAGCUGGUCAUGACCACCAAGGAGUACAUGCAGUGUGUGACCGCUGUGGAUGGAGAAUGGCUGGCGGAGCUGGGCCCCAUGUUCUACAGUGUGAAACAGGCAGGCAAGUCUCGGCAGGAGAAUCGUCGUCGAGCUAAAGAGGAAGCCUCUGCUAUGGAGGAGGAGAUGGCCCUGGCCGAGGAGCAGCUGCGUGCCCGGCGGCAGGAGCAGGAGAAGCGCAGCCCCCUGGGCAGUGUCAGGUCCACGAAGAUCUAUACUCCAGGUCGGAAAGAGCAAGGGGAGCCCAUGACACCUCGUCGCACUCCAGCCCGCUUUGGACUGUGAGCUGAGGCUGUCCCGAGAGAGAGUGGCAGCCAGCUAUCAGCUCCUAGUCCUCUAGCCAGAGUGCCCUAAGGCUGUGGACUUCAUCCAUGUUCAUCCAGGCUCCUGGGGCAGUUCUGCUGGGCCAGGCUCUGCAAUAGAGGAAGGAGGUGCUCCUGGUGCAGGAGCUUGGUGGGAACCGGCUGAGGAGGGGCUGAGAUGCUUCCUGAGCAGAACAUGGCUGGACCCAUCACAUCUGCAUAACCUGUCCCUAUACUCAGGGUGAGUGGCUUGACUGACUCUUAAUCCUGUGUAAAGCAGCAAGAUAGAGUCAGAGGCAGUUUUAAUUUGGUUAUCGUUCAGGAUUUGGAAAUAAAUAUAUUAUUUGUAAAAUGUGA